AUGAUUGCGAAGCUCAAGAAAGCGAUCUCGGACAAGAUCACUCGUGUGAUCCGUCAUUUGUUCGAGUGCGACUUGUCGCAACCUUGCGAAUGUCAAGUCCGUCCGGACGACUACUAUGUCUCUGCCGACCCGGAGGCGAAGGCGGUCUAUCGCCUUCAUGACGAUCCGGGAGUCAUCCCACAUUCCGUACUCAUUUCGUGGAUCGGCAAGGAGACAGCAUAUAUCGAGUGGCGUGAUGACGGAGAGAAGCUCGACUGGAAACGAGCAUUGUUCGAUCUCCACGACAUCUUCUUCGAUUGCACCGAGUGGUUCCUUUACCAACGCUCGAUCCAUGCGUCCACCGUCAUCUACCACCGCCGCCUUCGUGCUUCGUACGAUCGCCCGAUCAGCGCUGCAUCACGCACCGUUAUCCUUCGUCUCCGCAAAAUCGCGGAGUUCGGGCGUCGUCUGUUUACCAGACGUGAGCGCCAACCACUCCAAGAGGCCAUCAUUCAGGAGUAA